AUGGUUGUCUUCAAAUACAUUGAUGAUAAGGAUGUUUUCCAAAAGUUCUACUCUAAGAUGCUGGCUAAGAGGCUAGUUCAGCAUAAUUCAGCAAGCGAUGAUGCAGAGGCUAGCAUGAUCUCAAAACUAAAGCAAGCAUGUGGAUUUGAAUACACCUCAAAGCUUCAGCGAAUGUUCCAAGAUAUAGGAUUAAGUAAGGACUUAAAUGAGCGGUUCAAGGGACAUUUACAAACCAAUCCAUUGGAUAUAGAUUUUGCCAUCCAAGUGCUAAGCUCCGGUUCCUGGCCGUUUCAGCAAGGAUUUGCCUUCAACCUUCCAAGUGAGUUGGAGAAAAGUUUUCAACGCUUCACCACAUUCUAUGCAAGUCAGCAUUCAGGCCGUAAGUUGAUGUGGUUGUUUCACAUGUCCAAGGGGGAGCUGGUGACAAAUUGCUUCAAGAAUAGGUACACUCUGCAGGCAUCAACAUUUCAAAUGGCGGUAUUACUGCAGUUCAACUCGGCAAAGUCAUUCACUGUCCAACAGUUACAAGAAAACACACAGAUCAAAAUGGACAUUGUGAUGCAGGUUUUACAGAUUUUAGUAAAAUCAAAGCUUCUGGAGUGUGAUAGUCCUGAUGAAGAACUGAAACCUACAACUGAAGUCAAACUUUAUCUUGCAUACAAAAACAAGAAGCUUCGAGUGAACAUCAACGUACCGAUGAAAGCUGAACAGAAGCAGGAGCAAGAGAACACUCACAAACACAUUGAGGAAGAUCGCAAGCUACUAAUUCAGGUGCUGACAACAACCAGUUCAAUCACAUAG